UUAAGUGGUAUUAUACUAAUUGUUUGCUGCCCAAAAAAUGUGGUAUGCAUCUGUUGUUGAUAAAUCACAUGGAGAAGUUGCUCCAAUGUGUUAAGCAUUCAUCCCUCCUCAAUGGCAUCAUUGAUCCAGCUUUCCUCAAGCCUCAUAGUCCCUUGGAUCCAUGCUUCUGCCUUCAAGUUCAGCGAAAGUUAAGCCCCCAUCUUUCAAAUGGGAUGCUACCCCCAACUACAAAACCAGGCCAGGGCAAAUACACAACUGCAUCAACGUUGCUUGAACUUAUCAAGGAAGUCAAGCUUGCGAUCUCUGGCAGGAAAGGACGUACUGGAACUGCCGCAGGUGAUGUGGCUUUCCCUAAGGGGAAGGAAAAUUUUGCGUCUGUUCUCAAACGGUACAAGCAGAGGUUAUCUAACAAGCCCAUUGGCACUAAUGGAGGAACAGGUUCACGUAAGAUCCCCACAUUAGCACCAUACAACCAAUAGCAUUUUGCGUUAACAAAAUCAGCGUUAAUUGGGCUGUUUUGUAAUUUAUUUUCAUUAGCAGCUCAUACUGUCAAAGAAUGUUGUCUCCGUGUAUCAUAUUCCAUUCCCUGCUGACAUUGUAGCAAAUUUUAUCCACGUAGGGCAAGAUGCAAUAUGUUAUACUUUUUUGUUAGUUUUUGGUUAAUAAUCUAGCCUCAGCAUAGAAGGCAAGGAAAUCGAUGUAGUAAUGUUUUGAAAUAAUUAUUACAUCAAGUGAAGUUUAAACAAUAGUGACAAUAACGUUUACUA